AUUAAUAUCCAUUUCACACUAACACAACAGAGAUUCCUCACAAUGGCCACCACCGGAGAAACUCAGCCUGCAAAACACCAAGAAGUUGGCCACAAGAGCCUCCUUCAAAGCGAUGCACUUUACCAAUACAUUCUUGAAACCAGUGUUUACCCGAGAGAGCCAGAAUCCAUGAAAGAGCUACGUGAGGUCACUGCUAAACAUCCUUGGAAUCUUAUGACGACAUCCGCUGACGAAGGACAGUUUUUGAACUUACUUCUUAAGCUCAUAAAUGCUAAGAACACUAUGGAGAUCGGUGUUUACACUGGUUAUUCCCUUCUUUCUACUGCGCUUGCUCUACCAGAAGAUGGAAAGAUAUUGGCCUUGGACAUAAACCGUGAAAAUUACGAAAUCGGCCUUCCGAUCAUUGAGAAAGCAGGUGUUGCUCACAAGAUUGACUUUAGAGAAGGCCCUGCGCUUCCUCUUCUUGACCAGAUGGUAGGAGAUGUAAAAUUCCAUGGAUCAUUCGAUUUUAUUUUCGUGGAUGCGGAUAAAGACAACUAUCUUAAUUACCACAAAAGGUUAAUCGAUCUUGUUAAAAUUGGGGGAGUGAUUGGCUACGAUAACACCCUUUGGAAUGGGUCUUUGGUGGCACCCGCAGAUGCCCCACUUCGGAAGUAUGUUAGAUAUUACAGAGACUUCGUGUUAGAGCUCAACAAAGCCCUCGCUGCUGAUCCAAGAGUAGAGAUCUGUCAGCUUCCUGUGGGUGAUGGAAUCACUCUAUGUCGCCGAAUAAGCUAAUCACAUAUAACGGUUCAGCCAAAAUAAACUUGUAAAUGAUUUGAUUAAUUAUUUCCUUUCUGUAAUGCGACAAUUUGCAUUCAUGUUUUAAAUUGCUUAAUCAUAAUGUUGUAUAUUUAUAUAUCAUUUAACCUUGUUCACAAAUAUUUCAAGUUUAGAAAUAUGUCAUCAUACACAAUAGGAACUCUAUUUCGGUAAUUGUAUAUUGAAUUGGUUGGCCUUUAAUCUUAUUGAAAAUAUUAAAAAAAAAUUUUAAGAUUUCAUCGUAUCAUGGUAGUUAGCGACAGAUUGUAAAAAGAACAUGGCAUAAUUUAAAAGACGAAUUUAGCUUUGGAUACUUCGAAAUUCAGUGGCCAAUAAAGCCGUGCUUCUUCCAAUCAAGUUUACCACAACUUCGAAACCCAUCAAAUGGCCAGAAACCCAUAAAUUUAUCAUUAAUUUGCGACAAAUUUUAGCAACAGACUAGUGACCAAGUAAAUGAUUAAGGACACCAACUGCUACUUAAAGAAAAGUUUAUUUAUUUAUUUUUUUUUAUUCAUUUAUUUUAAACAUUACAGAAAAUCCUGAUUUGAUAAUCAAACAAAUUCAGAUUUUGCAAUAUCAAGCAAGGUAAUAAACAUAAA